AUGGCCAACUCGGAUUAUAGGAAGGACGUAAUGCCAGUGCGACCGAGGAGUGUUUACACAGCACAUUCUUAUAAUCAGGAGGAGUCGAGUCUAUCGACAUUCCAAGAUUACAGUAAAUUUCUGGAAGGUGGCCUCGGUCAAGCUGAGUUGGUGGGUGCGUCGGGUUGGCAACCUCCUUGGAGGGCUCCCCUUCAGCGCAAGGCGCCUUUCUAUCCGGGCGAUGAUAUCUUUCAUGCUGAUACUUGGCGAGAAUUGGAGGUAACGGAUGGAAUGGGAGGAGCGACCUAUAAUGUUUCUGUGACUCCGCACGGCACUGUCUGCAUGCGGUUAAGAGAUCGAGUAAAGGUCGAUAUGACCAUCGACGGGGCAGUGCGUUUGACCAACGCCAAGAAUAAUAUAAUUCUCGCGCUGUCUCGUUCCGGGGCCUCGGCCGCGCUCAUCCACCCCAACGGUCGCGUCUAUCAGUACGGAUCGAGAGUUGAAAUCCAGGCUCGACAUCAACAAGGGAACAAUAAGUACGCUAAGAUGUGGUACAAAGGAGUGUCAUUCACAGCAGAACAGUGCGCGUUAGUUUAUUUAGUAGACGCCGCAGGGACACGCACUACUACUGACACCUUCCUCGACAUGAGUCAGGAUUUCACGCUCAACGUUUUCUACAAUGAGUCUCGUCACGGUCCGUCGUAUGUGAACGAGGCGCUGUCUCUCCUGCAAGCCGUGCAGUACUGGCUCACGGACGACGGUACCGAUAACUGGAUCAUUAACAACGUCCGCGUCAGCCAAACCUCUGACGGCUUAGUUAGGGUUCACCGCUGUAGCCACAAGUACCAGCUGCGAACGAGUCCAAGCAACGGCUCGGCGUCCAUCACCAGCCCUUUCCUACAUUGCACCGCUUCGCUUGGACAGACACAGCAUCUCUUCGUACGGCGCGGGGAAAGGCGCAUGCACUUUGAUGGGAACUCCUUUAUAGUUCGUAACGCGGGACACUCUGCGGGCUUCGACGACAAGAACCAACUGAAGGUCUACUGA